GGUUCAAGUACUUCGUUGUUAAUGCCUGUAAAUAAGCCCCGCCCCACGUGUAAUUUUCGAGAACAAAAUUUUUAAGACUUUUUUGGGCUCACUACCUGCGAAAGUGCUGCACCAGGCAGAGAUUUCAUGCACUACAACGCUAUCUCUCUAGACUUCCGCUUGGUGCUGCACUUUUGAAGGGAGUAACAUAGUCUCCAAGUCUCAGGUUCAACCUUGGAUUUAUUUAGCGGUCGCCUGUUAGGUCCGGGGUUGGACCUGAGCCGUUUGCCUUAACUAUUGGUAAUCGAGUCUCCAAUCGAUUUUUCGAGGCAGCUGUCAAGAACCAGGGCAGCCAUGCUAAUUUAUUCCUUCGUUGUUUCUCGUUUUACAUCUGUGAUUUUUUUGCAGCAAAACAGCUAAGGUUAGGUGGUGUAGACAGUUAGCAAAUUGGUAGAAGGGAUGGAUGAAAAAGGGGCUUAAAAUUCGUCGGUUUCGACUGUUAAAGAAUUGCGAGCAAGCUUGAAUUCUGAAAGGAAAGCAUAAAGUGAUGUUCAUAGGAGAAGAAAUAUACGAUCUACUAAUCGAGCUUCAAACCUAAGACCAACUGUGGAGUAAAAACAGAACUUCAUUUCACCAGUCAAUCUUAGAAAGUUUGCCAGUAUGUAAUGAAGCAGCAUGUUCGAACUGCCGCAGAGUAGGCUCAACCCCAGUUAAAUGUCAAACUUGCAGAACCCACCUAUGUGCUGCAUAUGACAAAGUUGUUCACAGAAAGACUGUUACACACCAGCGAGUAUGUGAAGUGAAUGACAGUUUUCAUCAAAUGUUUCCAACUGAAUUUCUUAAUAAUGUGGAUUCCUUGGAGACAAUAAGUACCGUCGCCGAAGACUAUGAUCUUAUUGAUGAUUGGAUGCUAAGCCUGAAUUAUGUAGAAGCUAUCGAGCUCAAUAAAAUUGAAAUAGCAAUGUUUAUUCGAUCGUGCGAUCGUCUUGUUGAUGGGCUAGAUGGUCAGAUCCAGCAAAGGAAGAUCGACAGAGAGAAAAUGUUAGCGCCAGAAUCGCUCCUGUCCGUGAGUCUCGACCUGCUUCAACGCCUGGAAAUUUCCCGUCUGCUUAAAACCAUAAGCGACGCCACCGAUCUCUAUGAAAAAGUGGAAGACGGUUUUACGUACGAAGACGAAGGUUUUUUAGAUCGUAUCGAAGAAGGUAAAGCGGGAGAACUUUUAUUUUAUGGUAGGGACGACGACGCCGAUUCAACCAGCGAUGCAGAUGAUUGUGACUUAUCAUUGGAGGAAGACAAGGAUUCCGAAGAUGCUGAUGAUUGCUGAUGAGAAGAAUGUAGACUUCAUCAGAUUAAUUCAUUCAUUAAAAUUAUCAGAGACUCUAGCUAAUAAUUAUCUGAUGAUGAAAUCGGGUGAAUGUCUUAAUUAAUUUACAAAUACAAUGCGUUGUUUC